AUGAAGGUGGCCUCUGCUGGAAACUGGAGGCAGCUCCUGAAGGCCCUGCCGCAGGAGGUCGUCAGCCCGAGCCCAGCACUCCUCAAGGGGGACUGCCUGGAGAGGACAGAAGAUGAGGGAUGUAGGAAGUGGGGGAGCUGGGGGCCUUUCCCAGGAGGUGGCCCAGGGCAGGGGUCCCACCUCUCUCUAGACUCCAGCUGCCCUCUAAAGUGUGCAGGGAGGGUGAACUGCUGGGCGGAGGCUGUUCCUUGGGCUUACACGACCCCUGCCUUUCUUUUGCAGAAAACACACCGGUUCAUUUACUAUGUUGACACUGGCUGGGCCGUGGGGGCUGAGGAAUCUGACUUUGAAGGCUGGGCCUUCCCCUUCCCAGGCGUGACACUGAUCGAGGACUUCGUGACUCAGGAGGAAGAAGCCGAGAUGGUGCAGCUGAUGGACUGUGAACCCUGGAAGCUCUCACAGUCUGGGCGGAGGAAGCAGGACUAUGGCCCCAAGGUCAACUUUCGGAAACAGAAGCUAAAGACCGCUGGCUUCCAAGGCCUCCCCAGCUUCAGCCGGGAGGUGGUGCGGAGAAUGGGCCUCUACCCUGUCCUGGAGGACUUCCGGCCCGUGGAGCAGUGUAACCUGGACUACUGCCCAGAGCGGGGCUCGGCCAUCGACCCCCACCUGGAUGACGCCUGGCUGUGGGGGGAACGGCUGGUGAGCCUCAACCUGCUGUCCUCCACUGUGCUGUCCAUGUCCCGGGAGGCACCUGGCAGCCUGCUGCUCUGCCUGGCCCCAUCCGGCUUCCCGGAGGCCCUGGUGGAAGGCGUGAUGGCCCCCAGCAGGUCCGUUCUGUGCCAGGAGGUGGAGGUGGCCGUCCCCCUGCCCCGCCGCUCUCUGCUGGUGCUCACGGGAGCCGCGCGGCACCAGUGGAAGCACGCCAUCCACCGCAGACACAUCGAGGCCCGCCGCGUGAGCGCCACCUUCAGGGAGCUGUCAGCUGAGUUCGGUCCUGGUGGGAGGCAGCAAGAGCUAGGGCGGGAACUCCUGCAAAUCUCACUCUCCUUUGAGGGGAGACCCCUGUGAGCUGCCUCCCUGGGGACGGGAGCUGGUGCUGGGGCUGGUGGGGGCUGCUGGCUCCAGAGUGGACCAUUCACCAGGACUGGAGGGGCACCAGGCGCAAGGGCCUUGUUUCCCUGAUUAGGUUUUAAGAGGAUUAUGGCCUGACACUCUCGCCCCAAGCAGUAGGAGCCCUGCCUGCCAGCUGGCUUGAUGGAUUGGGCCUCCGGUUGGUUCUCUUUGGCCUGCAUCCAGCCACUUAUUUGAGUUGUUUGAUUUGUCACAUUUUGUGGGCAGUGGCGUAACUUGACCUUAAAAAACAUUGGUACCACUUCAGACCA